CAGCUGUAACACACUUCCAACUCUUCGUCGAUAUUUACUGUGUCCACGUUGAUGCAAAUUGGACCAUGUAAUCGUUCUCUGCUAUCUUUGACUCAAUCUGCGGCUUCUUUGUCCCAUGUACUUGCCUCGCUGCAGGUUCGCAGGUACUUUCCCACAGGAUGGGCGCCUGCCUCUCCUGUCUCGGUCUGCGCCGCAAAGACCACGAUGAAGACCGCUCUCGUCUACUCUACGAUGAUCUCGGCGCAAACCAUGGCUACGGGACCUGGGGUGCGUCGAACGUGCCCUCGCAGAACGUCAUGAGCCCAGAAGAAGUACGGCGCGAACAAGAAGCUCUGGACAACAUCACAAGAUGGGCAAGCGACCAAAUUGUCGAGAUAUUCCCGCAUCAGCAUAAAAACCUGAUGACCAUGUCAACGUCUCAACUCAACGGACAUUCCGAGAACGGGGCAACAUCGUCCUCGCAUCAUGAUAUCCUCCUCUCCUUGAUACCCGGCGAUAAAUCAAAACGAUCGAUAAGAAUAUACCCUGCGUCACGGCCGACGUCGAAAGAUGCGCAGUCUUUGCGCAGCAAGAGUUCAUUUGCCGGGCUAAAUGCGGCUUCGAUUAGGAGCAAAGACUCUUCAGUACUCGUCACGCUCGACGUCGAUCUACCAUGAGGGUUGAUAUGAGGCACGAAAUAGGCGCAAAACAAAAGGGUCGGCAAUUCAGCACAUCACAACCGGCCCUGUGAAGCCGAGCAUGAUUGCGCCUAUGUUCUCGCUCUGAGCAGUUACAGAUGCAUGCCUCUAGAACAGCUAGAGAGGAGACGUCGAUGAAUGUAUCAACAAGAGAUCUCUUGCAGGAGAAGUCUAUCUCGUUGACUUGUCGCCAGUGCCCUAGAACCUAUGGUGAGGCCUUCUUCGAGUCUACGAGAAGCCUCGCAGGAAGUGCGACGUUGCAAGCAAUCUGAACGUAUGAAUAGCGCUUCAAAACACCCAUGACCACGAAGUGGCAUGUGAUUUCUUCUUCUGGUCACCCCGGUACGGCAAGGACGACGAGAAUGCGAUUGUUUCACUACAAGCUUUUCCAAUGUAUCCAGUCCAUUGUAUUAAGUAUGCGAUUAGGGAUGGGGAAACCCAUUGUGUGUUAUACUACCAGGCCAUCUGUGCAGGAAGCUCCAUAGGAAGGAGAGGUCCGACUUGGAGUGACAAAACACCAGACAUAGCGGCAGGAAGACUUGGGAUCUUUGAUUUUGCUAGUGGAUGUUCGAUCCAGCGGAGUACUGUGAUAUCGAGUUUGAAUAUCUUCCUGAAAGCAGGAUCAGUAUGAUUGAGAAUCUGAUUUCCUAUGCUGAAAUCGAAAAAGCACUAUCUGAAAG